AGAGUCUCCCUACUCGUUGUUUGAGACAUGUCGGCUGCCUCUUGAACUGUAAUGAUUGUGUCUGUGUAUGUUGGCAGUCGUAUGUUGCUAUAUGUUGUUAACAAAUAAACCAGUGUUCAAAAAUGGGAGCCUAUUUGUCUGUGCCUGUGACGGAUAAGAUCAGCAAUGAUGAAGAAGGCAAAUCCGUCGCGUAUGGGGCCAGUUCUAUGCAAGGGUGGCGUGUAUCUCAAGAGGAUGCUCAUAAUUCCAUCUUAGAUUUUGACGGAGGUACUCACCUCUUUGCCGUAUAUGAUGGUCAUGGAGGACAUGAAGUGGCAGCAUACACAGCUCUUAAGUUACCAGAGUUUAUUAAACAGUUCAUUUCCAACCAAGAAAAUGAGAACUUUCCCGAAUGUCUAAAGAAGGCUUUUCUUGCUUUUGAUUCAACCUUGGUAAAGCCAGAAGUUGUCAAUAUUCUCAAGCAAAUUGCUGGCACAAAAGAUGAUGAGUCUGACUCAGAAGAGGAGGAGGAGGAAGUGGACAGUUUGUAUCGAGAGGCAACGAUGCCUCUGGAUGAGGUCAUGGCAAAGUAUGCUGAAAACCCCCACUUGACCAGAGUCAUGAAGGAGAAGAAGGUCCUCUCUCCAUUUCUCAGGGCAAGAACUGGAAGUAGCAACAGUGAUGUCAAGUCUGAUGAUGCUGUCAAAUUUGAGCUAACAGAAUCAGAAUGUCCUGAGUCAUCGUCAUCAUCUUUAAGCAAGAAUGACCCUAAAAGUGCAGAGAGUUCUCUCAAUGAGAGUGAGAAAGAUGGAUACCAGAAUGGAACAGAACCACAAACAAGUUCACAAGUAAAUGGUGAUGAGUUUAAGCAUGCAAAUGGUGAAUUAGAUGGAGAUAGCAGGGAGGAUAGCAAAGACAAAUCCACUAAAGACUGUGAAAAAGAAAGAAAAUUAGAGAAUGGGGAAGUUUUAGUGAAUGGUGGAGAAGGACAGGAGAUAGGUAAAGGUAAAGGAAAGGGAACAAAAGGAGGAAAAGGUAAAGCCCUUCUCAAAAAUUCUGAAAUUCAAGCUUUAAAAGAGGCAGAGUCAAAAGAAAAGAAAAGGGAGGCAGCUGUGAAAGCUGAGCUUAUAUAUCGAAGACUGCAAGAAGGGGCAUCAGAAGAUGAUGAACUCAGCGAUGAAGAUGAUGAUGACGAAGAUGAUGACAAUUUUGAGGAUGAUGUUGAUGAUGAUGAGGAUGAGGGUGAUAGUGAAGAAGAUGAUGAUGAUGAUGAGGAAGAUGACGAAGAUGAAGAAAUUGAUGAUGAUGACCCUUACAGAGAAUUUGCAAUGAACAUGAAAGAAGAGCCUGGAUUUGAUAGUGGAUGUACAGCAUGUUUAGCUCUUAUUCGAGGAUCAGAAUUAUAUGUUGCCAAUGUGGGUGACUCACGCAUAGUGGUCUGCCGUGAUGGAAGUGCAGUUGACAUGAGUAUUGACCAUAAGCCUGAGGAUGACGAAGAAACUGCUAGAAUAAUUAAAGCAGGUGGGAGAGUCACAGAAGAUGGUCGUGUCAAUGGAGGGCUUAAUCUUUCCAGAGCUAUUGGUGACCAUGGUUACAAGCAGAACAAAAAUUUGCCCCCAGAAGACCAGAUGAUCAGCCCUCUGCCUGAUGUGCAGUCAAUGACCCUUGGCCCUCAAGAUCAGUUCAUGAUUGUGGCCUGUGAUGGCAUUUGGAACUCACUCUCUUCUGAAGAAGCUUGUACCUUUGUAUUAGAAAGAUUAGCUGAAAACAAAAAACUUUCAACUAUAUGUGAAGAGCUCUUUGAUCAUUGUCUAGCACCAGAUACCCUUGGUGAUGGUACAGGCUGUGAUAACAUGACCUGUAUCAUUGUUAAAUUCAAGGAUAUUGAGUCUUACGGAAGUGCAAAAAGAAAAUCAGAAGUGGACAAAAAUGAAGAAUCAGACAAUGAAGACAUCAGACAAAGUGAUAAAAAAUUAAAGUGUGAGGAUAAAUAAUGAAUAUUUGAGUGUAGGCACUUUUUAUUUAUGAAAUAGUUUUGAAAAUCAAGGAAUUUAUUCAUUCUUGGUUUAAAGAACCCUCGUUUAUUCCCAGGAAAUAUCAGGAAGAGCAUAUGAUGGAACACUCAGGAAUAGUGAUGGUGCAAUGCCUGACUGCAUUCUAGAAAAAUUUGGAAUUGGAAGUUAAAGCAAAUCAGCUUUUACUUUUUCUGGUCAAUACAGAAUGCUAAUAUGGAACUAAAACUAAAUUUGGUAUAGUGAUUGCACUUGUGUGCUACCAGAGCAGUACUGUGUCAUUUUGUUACUUUGCCAAUGUUUAAGGCAUUUGAUAUGACUAGACUUAAAUGCCCAGCGGUCAGUGCCAGCUCUAGAAUUUUCUGUAAUAUGUAGACACAAUCACAGGCAAAACUAAAAUCUUUAAAAUAAGUGAGUGAUUAAUAAUAAUUUUUUGAAGAUAUUUGUUCAAAACUGCUUAACUGUACUGUACUGUUAUCACUUAAACUUUAGCUUGAAAAGUUUGUUAGAGAAUUUGAAGUAUUUUUUUAUAAUGAAACAUCUGUCAAAUACUGAGUUAUAUUGAAAGAAAGUUUUUUCAUUCAUCUUUCUUGUCAUUAGUGAUAAAAGAAUGUUAAUAUUUUUAGUCAUUUUAAUUUUUUCAAGUGUUUCAGGAGGUCAUAUGCUUGUGAUAUUUGGACUGAAUGCUUACACAGUAUUUAUAUUUUGUACCUGCAUCUGAAAUAAACCAUUGGUAUUAAUGAUGAUUUCAGUACCAGUGAAGAUUUGAGCACAA